UUCAAGAAGAGAGUGAGAGAAUGGCAUCGGAGCAGGAAAGAAGGGAUCCACAGAAGAGAGAGGAUCUGGACGAGAAAGCGAAGCAGGGGGAGACUGUUGUUCCUGGUGGAACUGGUGGCCACAGCCUUAAAGCUCAAGAACACCUUGCCGAAGGGCGCCACCGUGGAGGCGAGAUUAGGAAGGAGCAGCUGGGACGUGAAGGGUACCAGGAGAUCGGCCACCGCGGAGGCGAGACCAGGAAGGAGCAGCUGGGACGUGAAGGAUACCAGGAGAUCGGCCACCGCGGAGGCGAGACCAGGAAGGAGCAGCUGGGACGUGAAGGGUACCAGCAAAUGGGGAAAGAAGGAGGGGAGACCAGGAAGGAGCAGCUGGGUCAUGAAGGGUACCAGGAGAUGGGAAAGAAAGGAGGACUGAGCACCAAGGACAAGUCUGGAGGAGAGCGUGCUGCUGAGGAAGGCAUCCCAAUUGACGAGUCGAAGUUCAAAACUAGGACUCCUUGA